AAAUCGUUCUUGAAUCGAAUCGAAAACUUAGGAAUCGUGAAUCGAAUCAAUUCGCUGUGUACCCAAAGACUCACAGCCCUAAUACGCGCAGCCUCUUCCCGUGGAGCAUCCGCCAUAUUGUCUACCAGGAGACACUGAGAGCAUCUGGAGGGCCACAAUGAAGGACUUAUAGGAUUGCUGUGUCUCCCGAGUAAGCUCCUGGAUGUCCUCUUUCAUUCAUAUUACAAUCAGCCUAUGCUCCACCAUAAAGUCAUCACAUCUGCCUUCAUCAGCUCCGCCUGUUGUUUGCUGCUUGGAGGAACCCUCCAAGGUGUUUCAGGGAAUACUGUGUGUAGAAUAUGUCUGGCCCUGUCCCAAGUCGCUCUCGAGUUUACCCUGAUGUAAACACACAGCGACCCAGAGAGUACUGGGACUAUGAAUCCCAUGUGGUGGACUGGGGAAAUCAGGAUGACUAUCAAUUAGUGCGAAAGCUUGGCCGUGGAAAAUACAGUGAAGUGUUUGAAGCCAUAAACAUCACUAACAAUGAGAAAGUAGUCGUCAAAAUACUCAAGCCAGUGAAAAAGAAGAAAAUUAAACGAGAAAUAAAAAUUCUGGAGAACUUGAGAGGAGGCCCCAACAUCAUAACACUUUUAGACAUCAUAAAAGAUCCUGUGUCCCGAACCCCAGCGCUGGUUUUUGAGCAUGUUAACAACACAGACUUCAAGCAAUUGUAUCAAACUUUGUCAGACUUUGACAUCCGCUUCUACAUGUAUGAAAUUCUUAAGGCUCUCGACUACUGCCACAGUAUGGGAAUAAUGCACAGAGACGUAAAGCCACACAAUGUCAUGAUUGACCAUGAGCACAGAAAGCUUCGUUUGAUUGAUUGGGGCUUGGCUGAGUUUUACCACCCAAACCAGGAGUACAAUGUACGUGUGGCUUCCCGAUAUUUUAAAGGCCCUGAACUCCUCGUGGACUAUCAGAUGUAUGACUACAGUCUGGAUAUGUGGAGUCUUGGGUGCAUGCUGGCCAGCAUGAUCUUCAGGAAGGAACCUUUUUUCCAUGGACAUGACAACUAUGACCAGUUGGUUAGAAUUGCAAAGGUUCUGGGUACCGAGGACCUGUAUGAUUACAUUGACAAAUAUAACAUUGAGCUGGAUCCACGCUUUAAUGACAUUUUGGGCAGACACUCCCGCAAGAGAUGGGAGCGGUUUGUACACAGUGAGAAUCAGCACCUGGUCAGUACUGAAGCUCUGGAUUUUCUGGACAAGCUGCUACGUUAUGAUCACCAGGCCAGACUGACGGCCCGCGAGGCCAUGGACCACCCUUACUUCUAUCCUAUAAUUAAAGACCAGGGCAGAGGCGCGCCAGCUUCAGGAAUGACUGCUAGUUCCACACCGGUCAGCUCUUCUAGCUUGAUGGCAGGCAUCGCCUCUAUGACUCCGAGCACACAGCCCAAUAUGGCCAACAUCAGCGCCGGCUCGCCCGUCAUUCCUGGCUCAAACACAAUGGCCACACAAGUGCCCACUGCCGCUGGAGCCCAGCCCUGAACCCCGCCCGCCCGCCCCCCACCCUCACCCCUCUUUCUCACAUCCAUCUAUCCGUCUCUCUCUUCUAUGGGCCUGUUUGGAAUUGUGAAUCAGCGGUGAAGGGGUGGGGGUGCACUGAAUUCAUGUGUGGUUAUUUUUAUGUUGCAAAUAACCCAAACUUUUGUUUUUCUCCUCAGUUGUUGUUUAGGGGGACUGUGAACUCAGAAAGAACCCAUAAUGGUUUUGCACCUGUCUGUGUGAGUUAGAAAAGCAAAUGGUUGUGAACUUUCACUUGCCUUGACUUGUUUAGAAACACUUUAAUGUCCACCUGCAGAAGGAUAAUAAAAUUAAUUUUUAUAUGUCCCUGUAGUGUUCUCGUGCUCAAACCAUUACACUGACUGACUUUUUAAUUGUUUUUUGGGAGGCAGGGAAUAUAUAUUUUUUUUUGUAUUUGGUAUUUUAGUCCCAGUUUUUACAAGUCUUGAUCACAAAGUUCACAAAACCUAGUGUCAUAUUGAACUUCUAGUAUAAAUGCAGAGAAGGAGUGAUUUGUUCCUUGGUUUGGAAGAAUAUGAUGGGGACAAGACAAAACAGAUUUGAUGUCCGAGUCAUGAUUCUUCUCGUUACGGCAUGUUUCAACUGCAUUUGGACUGAAGGCCAGAUUUAUUUCUGAUUUGUUCAAUUAUUGUGUAACAAAACAUUCUUGUACCAAUAAUGGAAGCUCUUGUUUCAGCUGUGCUGGUUCUGUGUAUAUUGCAGGUUGAUUGGAUUUGCACCUGGAUCUUGAAGCCUCACUAGUGGCUGUUCAAGGACUUGUACCAAUUAUUGAGUAACACAAUAAUAUGCCAAUGUUUGUGUUACCUUCAGUUUGUGUGAGUGUGUACGCGUGAGUGGAAUUCUUUUUUGUUUUUGAAAAGUUUCAGACAUUUGUUUGACACUAUGAAGAGUUUUUGUAAUUUUCUUCUGAGAGGCGACUGUUCAGUGAAAUACACAUUUCUUUCUACCCCACGAUUAAAUCAAUUAAACAGGUGAAAUAUCAAUUUAGCAUUGCAUGUUGUGUUUUACUGUGGUUCGCCUUUGGUUGGCUGAUUGAAGAACAAACAAGAAUAUAAUGUGGAAGGUUUGUGUCACUCCCAAAGCAUUUUGUCUAGACAAGCUUCUUUAAUACCUUAAUUGUUAAAGUGUUUCUUAAAUUCUUUCUUUUGGUCUUGUCUAUUAGUGAAAGAUGUUGAAGUCUAGCUCUGUAGCGGAGGCUGAACUAUGUUUGUCCUCUGCCUGUGUUCAGUGUGACGAGUUCAAAUCUAAAUAUAUUACUGUACUGUAAAUUCAUUUAAAGUUUGCAAUAGAUACUUUUACAGAGAUUUUUUUUUUGUGUGUGUGUUUUAUAAAUCAUUUAAAAGAGAAAAUAUAUUGUUUUAGGAAAAAAGACCAUGUCACUUGUUUAUUCAGCUGUAUGUUUAAUGCAGCCUCUCUAAUACAGUGAAUGGUAUGUUUAAAGUCAGGUGGGAAAAACAGAGGCUACCUCACUCACAUUUAUACCGAAUUCAAUAAAAAAAAUAAAAAUACAAAAAGGAAACCAA